CUCUAUCCCACCAGAACACCAUGGCUUCCGCUAAAGAUCAGAAGCGCAGGCGGUCGCAUAAGACCGCCGACAAAGUGAAGUCUGCACCUGCCCCCGUCGAAGACGUCGAAGCCCCGGUAGACACCAAGAAGACCAAGAAGCAGAGGACCGAGCGGGCUGUCUCCGAAGAUGAGCCUACGAUUGCUCCCCAGGAGUCUGCCUCUGAGCAAUCGGAGGGCAGCGACAACGAGGACGACUCGGAGUCGACGUCGACUCCUGCUCUCCCCUCUGCCAACGGAAUCGCCCUCCCGACCGAUGCCAACCCCGUCAAAUUCACAGAGCUGAACCUGACCGAGCCGACGAUGAAGGCGAUCGCGGAGAUGGGAUUCGAGACGAUGACCGAGAUCCAACAGCGCACGAUCCCCCCCACCAUGGCGGGUCGCGAUAUCCUCGGUGCCGCGAAGACCGGUUCCGGAAAGACCCUGGCGUUCUUGAUUCCCGCGAUCGAAAUGCUGAGCGCGCUGCGUUUCAAGCCCCGCAACGGCACGGGUGUCAUCAUCAUCUCCCCGACGCGCGAGCUGGCGCUGCAGAUUUUCGGUGUCGCGCGUGAGCUCCUCCAGCACCAUUCGCAGACGUACGGUAUCGUCAUUGGGGGCGCCAACCGCCGCGCGGAAGCGGAGAAGCUGAACAAGGGUGUCAACCUGCUGAUCGCGACGCCCGGUCGCUUGCUGGAUCAUCUGCAGAACACGCAGGGGUUCAUCUUUAAGAACUGCAAGACGCUGGUGCUGGAUGAGGCCGACCGGUGUCUGGAUGUUGGUUUCGAGGAGGAACUGCGACAGAUUGUGCGCAUUUUGCCGUCUGAGGAGCGUCAGACUUUGCUGUUUUCUGCCACCCAGACUACUAAGGUCGAAGAUCUUGCGCGCAUCUCGCUCAAGCCCGGUCCCCUGUACAUCAACGUGGACCACCGCAAGGAGCACAGCACGGUGGAAGGCGUUGAGCAAGGCUACAUUCUCUGCGAAGCGGACAAGCGCUUCCUGCUCCUGUUCACCUUCCUGAAGAAGAACCUCAAGAAGAAGCUCAUUGUCUUCUUCUCCAGCUGUAACUCGGUCAAAUACUACUCGGAGCUGCUGAACUACAUCGACCUGCCCGUGCUGGCCCUGCACGGCAAGAUGAAACAGCAGAAGCGCACCAACACCUUCUUCGAAUUCUGCAACUCCUCCCAGGGUAUCCUCAUCUGUACGGAUGUCGCCGCGCGUGGCUUGGAUAUUCCUGCCGUCGACUACAUCGUGCAGUUCGACCCGCCGGAUGAUCCCAGAUCUUACAUUCACCGUGUCGGUCGGACGGCGCGUGGCUCCAAGGGCAAGAUCGGCCGCACGCUGAUGUUCCUGCAGCCGUCGGAGGUCGGAUUCCUCAAGGCGCUGAAGGAAGCGCGAGUGCCCGUCGUUGAAUUCGAGUUCCCCGCCAAGAAAAUCAUCAACAUCCAAUCCCAACUGGAGAAGUUGAUCGGCCAAAACUACUAUCUCCACCAGUCCGCCAAAGAAGGCUACCGCGCCUACCUCCACGCCUACGCCUCGCACUCCCUCCGCUCCAUCUUCGACGUCAACAAGCUCGACCUCGUCAAGGUCGCCAAGGGCUUCGGAUUCCCCACGCCCCCCCGCGUAGACAUCACCGUCAACGCCAGCGGGCGGUCAGAGAAGACGAUGGGCCGACGCAACUACGGUAGUCAGGCUAAGCAGGGGCCGCGGUUCAAGCGGAAGAGGGAUGAUUAGCGUGGUGGAGUGCAUUUAUGAGGAGUGAGGCGUUGGUAAAAAUAUCUUUAUCUCUCUUUCUUUUUAUCGUAUGUGUUGAUAUUAGGUAGCAUGAAUAUAGACUAAUU